GUGCUAGUCUCAUUUGUAAUUGAAUUCAGCUACUACUGAAUGUUUAUCACCCUAAAUCAUGUGGCUGUUGGUUUUUCUGGUGAUUUUAGUGGUGGGUUUGCCUGUUCAAGGCCAAUUGAGAAAUGGGUUUUAUGCCUUUCCAUGUCCACAGGCUGAGGCUAUAGUCAGGUCCACUGUUGAAGCACACUUCCAAAAGGAUCCAACCAUUGCAGCUGGAUUGCUCAGGCUUCAUUUCCAUGACUGCUUUGUUCAGGGCUGUGAUGGCUCAGUGUUAAUUACAGGGUCUUCUGCAGAGAGAAAUGCAUUGCCAAACCAAGGAUUAAGAGGAUUUGAAGUGAUUGACGAUGCUAAAUCACUGUUAGAGGCGUCGUGCCCUGGUGUGGUCUCAUGUGCUGACAUACUAGCUCUGGCUGCCCGUGAUGCUGUAGACUUGAGUGAUGGUCCGAGUUGGGCAGUCCCAACUGGUAGAAAAGAUGGUAGAGUCUCGUCAUCCUCCCAAGCCUCCAAUUUGCCUUCACCUCUUGAUUCCAUUGCCACUCAGAAACAAAAAUUUGCAGCUAAAGGCCUUGACGAUCAUGAUCUCGUAACCUUAGUAGGGGCACAUACCAUAGGCCAAACGGACUGCAUAUUCUUCAGAUAUCGGCUAUACAAUUUCACAACAACAGGCAAUGCAGACCCAACAAUAAACCAAUCAUUCCUGAGACAACUCCAAGCCCUUUGUCCCCAAAAUGGAGAUGGGUCGAAAAGGGUAGCAUUAGACAAAGACAGCCAGACAAAAUUCGAUGCAAGCUUUUUUAAGAAUGUAAGAGAUGGUAAUGGAGUUUUGGAGUCUGACCAGAGACUUUGGGAUGAUGCUUCUACCCGUAAUAUUGUCCAAAAUUAUGCUGGCGACAUUAGAGGAUUACUUGGUUUUAGGUUUGAUUUCGACUUCUCUAAAGCUAUGAUUAAAAUGAGUAGCAUUGAAGUCAAGACUGGAUCAGAUGGAGAUAUCAGAAAGGAGGCUGAAACAAGUAUGCACCUGUUCUUUCAAUGCCCUGUCAGCUCCAGGGUGUGGUAUCUUAGCCAGCUUAGGUUCAAUGUGCUUCAGAUAUCUGUUGAUGAUCCACCUGCGUUAUUGAACCAGCUAUUUUAGAAUUUUCCUCCAGAGUACAUGGAGCUUUCGCACUUCUCACAUGGUCCAUCUGGCUGGCUCGAAAUGAUCAUAUUUUCAGAAAUGGGAAUGUAGAUGAAAAUCAGAUUAUAGCUAGUGAUUAUCGACUCUGGAUUAAUGAGUCCCUGGAAGCUCAAGAUGUCCCAGUUCUGCUAGAGAAGCCUACUGUCAUGCAUAAGUGGACACCUCCUUCAGGGUAGCAUAAGCUCAACUCAGAUGCUACUGUUUCUAAGGAGAUAGGCCUGGGAUUUGUUAUCCGUGAUUCACAAGGACAAAUUCUGCUAGCGGCUGCUAAAUCUUUUCGGGCCUCUUGGGAAGGUAAUUUGGCGGAAAUCCAUGCUCUGAAAUUUGGGUUCGAAAUAGCUGUUUAGUGGGGGUUUUCUUUUCUGCAAAUAGAGAGUGAUAAUCAGAACUCCAUCAAUGCGUUGAAUGGAGGGGCCAUUGGGGAUCCAUGUCACGCUCUGUGUUUUGAGGAUGUGUUAUCUUUCGCGAGAACUUUUUUCAUUCAUCUGCUUUUUGUAUGUUCAUAUAUUAAAUUAUACAAUGAAACCGAACCAUUAAUUGUGGUGGGUUACAACAAUUAUAAUUAAACAGUACAACGUUUUGGGUUA